AUGACAAUUCAUUUCAUUCCUCUACUCAUCAUUCAUUCUUUUACCUCCAGUAUGACAAUUCAUUUCAUUCCUCUGCUCAUCAUUCAUUCUUUUACCUCCGGUAUGACAAUUGAUUUCAUUCAUCUGUUCAUCAUUCAUUCUUUUACCUCCGGUAUGACAAUUGAUUUCAUUCCUCUGCUCAUCAUUCAUUCUUUUACCUCCGGUAUGACAAUUCAUUUCAUUCCUUUGCUCAUCAUUCAUUCUUUUACCUCCGGUAUGACAAUUCAUUUCAUUCCUCUACUCAUCAUUCAUUCUUUUACCUCCGGUAUGACAAUUCAUUUCAUUCCUCUACUCAUCAUUCAUUCUUUUUUUACCUGCGGUAUGACAAUUCAUUUCAUUCCCUCUGCUCAUCAUUCAUUCUUUUACCUCCGGUAUGACAAUUCAUUUCAUUCCUUUGCUCAUCAUUCAUUCUUUUACCUCCGGUAUGACAAUUCAUUUCAUUCCUCUACUCAUCAUUCAUUCUUUUACCUCCGGUAUGACAAUUCAUUUCAUUCCUCUACUCAUCAUGCAUUCUUUUUUACCUCCGGUAUGACAAUUCAUUUCAUUCCCUCUGCUCAUCAUUCAUUCUUUUUACCUCCGGUAUGA